GUUGGGUUGAGAGAAGAGUUAGGAGAAACAAAGUUUUGACAGGCACUCGGUUCGAAAGAAUGAGGAGGCUGGAGACGUUUGUGACGCAGAUGAGACAACGAUUACUUCUGGCCCUUUGUCUUCAAAUGUGAUAACCUGGCAUACCCAGUGAAAAUCACCACCUGGCUGGACUCACCCGCAGCGACAAGGCUGCAGUGUGUACCAAAAUGCCAGAGAUCACACAGAAUCAAACCCCUGUGCACAAACCUCCACGCAAGAAGAAAAACAAGGAGACUCACAAUGCAGUGGAACGACACCGCAAAGAGAAAAUCAAUGCCGGUAUCAAUCGGAUAGGUGACCUCUUGCCCUGCUCCCAGGCUUUAAAACAGAGUAAGAACAUGAUUUUGGGAGAAGCCUUUCGUUACAUAACCGAGUUAAAGCAACAGAAUGAUGAAAUGUUGCUCAAUGGGGGUGACAAGGUACAAGCUGAGGAGAUUAGACGUUUGCGCAGGCAGUUAGAGGAUCUAAGGAAGGAAAGCGCGCAUUACAUGGAACUCCUUAAAGCCAACGGCAUUAACUUCCUCGAUGACCCAACUGUACAUUGGAAGGGCAAGCAACGGUGUGCAAAAGUGGCCAAAGUAACACCGACUCAUUUGCUGUCGAAGGGAAUCAUCGUCUUGUCCAAUGGGAAUACUGCCUGCUCAGCAAGUAAAGUGCCCACCCCUCAAAAUCCCGUCUCUAACCUAAACAAACAACCAGCUAAUGUUGUGACAGCCCAGCCGUCGUGUGACAUCACAAUGGGAACGGAACAAAGACUUGGGAUUCAGAACGGAACACAGAUUGGUGAAAUCUUAGCCUCCUCUGCUUCACAGCACAUCCCUGUAGCAACGCUUAUACCAGCUGUGCCCAAACCAGGACUCGCAGUGGUAGAGCAGUUUACACCUGUGGCACCAGUUGGCCCAAAAUUGCCCCCUCCUGUGAAUUACAUCACUCUUCAAGGGUUGUGUCCACAGCCUGUUGUCACUACUCCGCUGCCUCAGCAAUCACAACCUUCCAUCCCGACUCCAAGCCUCACGACAGGCGCUUGUCCAACCACACCUUUGCGACUAGAAUCCAUUUCCAGUCUGACCCCGUUACCUCAAGCUGUUGUGACAAAUCCGCUUGUUCCACCUGAAGCCGCUGCAGUGUUCUCUCAGAACACAGAAGUUCGAUCUCUUAGCCACACGUUACCGGCCAGCUCUGCAAUUCUGAGGGCUAACGCUACUGGAAGCACCCAAACAACAUGGACGACGCUGCAACUAACAGGGAACACUGUGCAACCCGUCUGUCAGCCACUUGCCACUUCAGAAGGCGGCACAGGUCAGAGUGUACAGCCGCUCCACGUGUGUCCUGUUGGGAUAAAGUCUGUGCAACCCACUAAUUUUCGAGCACAGGCACAGGCUCCCGUUCAAGUGCAGAACCCUAUCCCAGUGCAUAUUUCAGUGCAGCACCCUGUGCAGAGUCCUCAGCAGGUUCGCCCUAACAUCUUGCCCCAUCCCCAAGCUGCUGUAGUUCCCCAACCUGCACUAUUAUCCCAGUCAACAGUGAUGCCCCAGCCCCAGCCUGCAGUGUUGCAUCAACCGUCCGUUGUUCCUCAGUCAACUAUACUUGCCCAGCCUCAAGCAGCUGUAUUAGCACAACCAACCAUACUGCCAAAACCCCAGGCCCAGUCAGCUGUUAUAGCCCACCAAAACAUACAGCCAAAACCUCAUUCCCAUCAAGCAGUGGUUGCUCAGCCUGGUGCACCUCCACAGCCAACUGUAAUACCACAGACUCAAUCUGCUGUGUUGCCCCAACCACAGGCCGCUGUUGUGCCAGUACUCCAAACCAUGCAAGUGCUGCAGGUGAACUCCUCUGGAACACCAAGUGCAGGGAUCGCUGCUCAUCAAAACAACCCAAAUGUUGUCAUUCUCCAGCAAGCAAAUCCGUCGUGUCCGGCUCCCCCAGUCAUCAGAGACGACACAACUGGUCAGACGCCAUGCCAGCAUAUUGUUAUUAUCCAAGCACCUAGUCAGACCCCUGCACCCCAGAAUCCUCCUGCUGCCAUUGUGCCAGCUCCACUUCCUGCUGUACCUAGUCAGAUAACUACCUCCAGCUCCCCUUGCACUACAAGCGUUCAGGCAGCCAGUGCGAAGCAGUUGAUUCACAUCCUUCCACGUCCCUCGGCACAGGCACCCAAGACUAUCACUGUGAAUGGACAGGUGUACGUUUUGCAAUCAGUGAAGUCCCCAGAAAAAUCAAACACUCAGGGUGCCCAGAAUGUUACACAGAUCAUCCAGCCCUCCACCUCUGAGGAAACCAAUACCAAUGUUGCCCUGAAUUGCUUGGGUGCUCUCACAAGCCUUAGCCAGAGCAUCUCGCAGGUGUCAAGCCACAGCAACGUACAGCUGCAUUCCAUAACUUCACCCUCUUUUACUUCAGUGCCACCCACUCAGCCUGUACCUGCACCAGCAGAGAACAUUUCUCCUGCCAUGAGCGUUCCCUCUUCUUCUGCAACUAACGCUGUACAAAGUUCAGUUAGCAGUAUGGUGAGCAAGAAGAAGCAAGCUGUGACAACCAUUCCGAGAACUAAGCAGACAGCAACAAAGAGUGCCCGAUCCAGUAAGAGAAAAGAAAUUAGGCAAGGAAGAUGCAUGCGUGCCAUUGCUGCCAAGCCAGCACCAGUUUUGCCGCAAAGCGAAACACUGGAAUCAAAUGACACUCUUGGACCAUCUUCAACAACAACAGAAACAGCAGCAUCUGCCCUAAAUUCCACAAGCCUGAACAAAUUAAGCAUUGAUGGCAGCACACAGAACACACCUUCAGCCACCAGAGUUAGUUCAGCAAAUCCUGUGUCUACAGCACCAAGUGCAAGUUCAUCAGAAACUAGACCGGUAGAGAGUUCAGAGAGUCCAGUGGCCAGUUCAUCAGAUGGUGCAACAAAUAUCCAUAGUGUAUGUGACUCACAGAGUACAGCACAGGUCACUGAUGUCUCAUCUUCUUCACAGAGUUUAACAACAAACAGCGCCGAUGUUGGUUCCAUAGAAAUUUCAACACAUUCUAGUAGCAAUGCUGCAUUAAAUAAACACAUACAUAUAAACAGUGUAGGCCUACAACACAGUGGAUCAUUAGACAGUGUUGAUUCCUCAGAUCGUGCCAUCCUUUCCACACAAUGUAGCUCAUUGGUUUCAUGUGUUACUACCACGGUGACUAGAUCUUUAAUGAACGCCAGUGUAACAACUAAUUUGCAAACAGUUAAUAAUCAGGUGAUCCCUCAUAUUAAAUCUACAAACAACAAUAGUUCUAAGCCAAGUCAGUCAACAGAAUCAAGUCUCAGUUUAACUGCAAGUACAACUUCUGUGACUUAUGUUAGCUCCAUACAGACUAAACCAACGAUUACAUCUGCCUGUUCCACCCUCAAUCCGUCCGCAGUGAUCAGUGAUGUGUCCAAACAGAGGAGGCACACUGUAACCAGUGUAAGCGCCGCAGAAAGUGGACCCGAAUGUUCAUGUCAGGGUGACCAGACCAUGUUGCAGUUUCAGAAUGAGCCAGCAAAUAAGCAUGACUGUCAGUCUACUGACCCUGUGCAGAUACAGCCACUUUGUACUUUGCCUUCAACAACAUCUCCAUGCUCAGUUCCCCCAGUUCCAGUAUCUUCUGGCACAGCUUGUCUCACAUUUCCAGCUGAAUCAAGGAAGCAGGACAUUUUGAAUAAGCCUCCAAACCAGCAGCCGGGAAUAUCUAUGACAAUGGUGUCCACUACUCACAUUAGUUCUACAGACCUAAAACGUCUCUCAAGCAAGAGCAAAGAUUCUGGUGGAGAUAGGCAUUCGAGUCAAGUAGCUGACAAAGGAGGGCCAGGGAUUGAUGCUUUCCAUGGAAAGGACUCAGUAUUGUCACAGCAGGGCUAUAGCUUGGACAGUGAAGCACUGGAACAACCACUGGUGUUAAAUAGACAGACAGACUCACCAAUGUCUGCAGGUUCGGGCGGUCGAGGAUUUUCUGUUGCAUCCUUGCUUCCCGCUGGCCAAAAUAGUGCCUCUACCAGUACUUUUGGAACGUUUACCAUUACCUCUGAGCAAGCAGAGAUUUUGGCAAUGGCUGCCAAAGCCAUUUUAGAACAAGACAGUCCAGGAAGAAGGGUCGAGGGUUGCAAUGUAGAUAAUGCAGCAAGUACCGGUACUUCUGGUUGGGACAUACCAAAAUCCCAGCAAACAAGCUCCAACAACAAAGAGAGAACUACAGGACAGCAGUUAAAAUUGUCAAAACAGGUGGACUUAGCUGUUUCAAAGACUCCCUCUCAGGUCUCUGUUCGAGGUCCACCAGUUGAGGCAUCAGUAAGUGGCCCAUCUGGCACAAGACAUCAGAUAUCAUAUUCUCAAUCUCAGUCUGGAACUGUCGGUAGCCUUAAUGUCAAUAACCUCAUCAGGUCCAGUUCCAGUCAGCCUUAUCCUGGUUCACCUAGUCUUGCGCAGCAGGGAUCUGUUCCGUCACCGGGGGGCGCUGCUAUUAUGGCAUCACAGCCCUCUACCCCAGUGCUCCCUCCCUGCACAGGCACUGCGCAGCUUAAUGAGUACACACCUCUGAAAAGUGCAUUGAUGCGAAGUCAUGGAGGUGUGGGAAUGGCUGAACGACAUCAGAUGGAUGUGUCAAAACGCCCUGCGCAGGAGGAUAUCAUGCUUCCAAGUAACAAGCGCUCAAAGCCAUGCCCUCCUACAAAUGUCGGGAGGAUUGAUGUCAAAGCUACAGACCACGUUCAGAUGUUGGCUGGUCAGAUGCCUCCGAGUUCUUCAACUGUUAUGACUAGAAUUAAUUCGGAUGCCCUGUUUUCUGGCAACUCUUUUAUGAGCACUGUCCUUAGGCCACCCGAAGGACACUGUGCAACACAGCUGCCACAGCAGGAACAGAAUCAGCCUAGCGUCGUCCAUUUACAACAGGGGCACUCCCAGCAUGGCACCCCACAGUCUGGACAACACUUGAGUGGAAACCCAUAUCUGAAGCAUCAGCAGCAACAACAGCAACAGCAGGAACAACAGAGACACCACCUCUACCAACUACAGCAUCAUCUUACACAACCAGACACCAUACAAAUUCAUGGUAUCCAUCAAAGGUCUUUGCAGCAGGACCAGCAUGUCCACAAAAAGAGGGGGCCCGUACGCAGUGGUCAGGCAGGACCAGCGGUUGGUUUGCAAUCCAAGCACCACCUGGAAAAGAGCGGAGUGCAGCAGCAGUCACAGCAGCAGCAGCAGACACAACAGCAUCCACAGCAGCAGCAGCACCAACAACAACCACAGCAAGCCUCCCAGCAACAUCAACAACAGCACCAACAACCACAUCACCAACAACAUCAGCAACAGCAGCAUCAACAGCAGCAGCAGCAGCAGCAGCAACAACAACAACAACAACAGCAGCCGCAGCAUCCACCACAUCAACAACAACCGCAGCAGCCCCAGCAAAUGCAACAGUCUCACCAACAGCAGCAGCAACAGCAGAUUCAACAGCAAAAUUCACACUCAAGACACCAACAUCUACAGCAGCAUCUCCAGCAGCAACAGCAGCAGCACUUUGGAGGUCGUCCAGAGAAAAGUUGCGAGGUUCAGACAGCAGGUCCAAGGGGUCAUCAAAGCAGUCAUUUGGGUCAGCAAGAACGACAAACCGGGCAGGAUCAUGGCACUAUGCAAAGACUAAUGAGUUCGCGUUCUUUAGAGCAACAGUUAACGUCACAGGCUAGCAACACUGUGUCAAGGCCCUCAGAUAUUGCCUGUGCCCCUUCACGUCAAGAACGCCACCAUCGCCUCUCAAAUUAUUCUGCUGAGGCACUCAUUGGAAAAACAUCAUCCGCUGGUGAGCAGCACUUGGGGCUCCAUAUGCAGGGCUCUCGUAGCAAUGCACAAGACCAGCCCGAUUUACGGGGUUAUUUAGAUUCAUCUCGUGGGAAGGGAAACAUUGCUCAUAAUCCACAAAGUAGGCUUCCCCCGGAUCACCCUGGGACGGCAGAUGUCCAGCGAAUUUCAGAGUGCCUACCUUUUAAAACUCUAGUGGGUGGGCAUCAGCUUAGCAACUUUGAGGUGCAAGUUUCACGCGGUGGAGACAUGAAUCCCAAAUCUGCUCCCCCGGUUCAAAGGGGUCCUCAAGCACAAGCAGGAUUCAGAAUGGGCACUGGCCCACCUGGAGAUGGACGGACUCGCGUGAGUUAUUCGGGGGCACAUCCUCCACCACAGGGAGUGCAGAUUGGAACAGGAUUGCCACGUGAACAGGAGGGAUGCCACCAGAGCUUCAUGCAAACUCUGUUGGUUCCACAUCCAUCUGAGCAAAGCGGGCAUCAGAGACCAGCACAGUGCUGUCCCCCAGUCAGUAUUGAGUAUAACUGUGGUCCUGGAACAUCUGCUGGAGAUCUGCAGGUGAAGGCCUCUAGUCCCAAUUUGCCACCAGCUCACAAGACUCCUGCAAUGCGGCUUGGGGACACCAACAAAGGCCAUAUUCCGCAGGUUAGUGGUAAUUUGCACGGUCCAGCUGUGAGAGCAGGACUUCCCCAUCCCCCAACACCUCAGAGUAGCUCAGACACAGGACGCACCCCAGCCUCUACGCGUCCUCUUUCGGCCGUCAGCCAGCGAACUCGACAUAUUGGACCAGAUUCUCAGAGUGCUAAGAUCCGCCCUGGAGAUCGACCUCGGUCUGGCAACCUGAGACCUGGAAAUCCGUUUGAGCCAGAGGGAUCCUUGCCACUCCCCUCAGGUGGAGGAGUAUUAAUCGGACGCCCGCAGACAGGGGGUGAGGCUCGCCGCAGUAGCAUCGUGCGAUUCAUGACUGACAGUACACAGGUCAGCGCCGAUAACAACCUGGUGUCUGAUCAACACCUCACGCAGAACUUUGGCUUUCCUUUCAUUGCGGAGGGAGGUAUGAACCCCCCGCCUAUUAACGCUAAUGCAUCCUUCAUCCCCCCCGUCACCCAGCCCAGUGCCUCACGCACUCCUGCUCUUCUGCCUGUGGAGCCCCAAAAUACCUUACCCUCCUUCUACCCUUCAUAUUCGCCUGCAGCACACCCCAGUCUUCCGAGCGAGAUUCCAUUGCAGUACUUCUCGAACCAGAUGUUCACCAGUCCGAGCGCUGACAAGAACAGUAGCGCCCCACUGAACAAUCGGUUUGGCUCCAUCCUUUCUCCGCCUCGUCCCGUCGGCUUCGCCCAAGCCAGCUUCCCUUUGCUCACCGACAUAGCACCCAUGCCCAUCGCAAAUUCCUCGGGCAUCACCCCCCACCUGUCCAAUUUCAAUUUGACCUCUCUGUUCCCUGAAAUCGCUACCGCUAUGCCCACCGACGGCUCCUCCAUGCCGAUGUCCCCCCUGUUGUCCCUGUCCAACACUUCCUCCUCAGAUUCUAGUAAACAGACAAACCGGCCCGCCCAUAACAUCAGUCAUAUCCUUGGGCAUGAUGGGAGUUCUGCUGUCUGAGCGUAGAAUCAGGAAACCAGUUACUCUGCCUGUUUGGAAUGAUUUUAUGGUAUAAAUGAUGCAUCCGAACUGUGUUGGCAGUUGUUUUGGUAAUGAGUGUUUUGUAGAUUUUGCCAUAACGUUCAGAUUCAUGAAUAAUGGGGCUGGGUUUCAGAAUCAGUAACCAACGUCAUAAUGGUUGAGGUAUGAGAUGCCAAGGUAAUCAGGGUUGCUGUUGGGCAUCUGAUGCCAUAGUACAUUAAGGCAAUGUUUUGUGACUUUCAUCACAAUUAUUUAUGUUUAAUUUACUUUUUUUUUAAAUGGUAAAAUGCGGUUUAUUCUGAAGACUGUAAUUUUUUUUUUUUUUUUACUUCUGUGUCACCUGUUCCUCUGAAAGAGAAUAAAAUUUUCCACUUAAGAUUAGGAUAACAGCAAAUUCAAAGUACUUAUUUAUAUGAAGAUCUUGGUUUGGACUGUAGAUAUUUGUAAAUAUAAAAAGAUUUGAUU